AAUUCGUGUCAGAUGGAGGGCGGCCGCGCGGGGCCCGCCACUCGCGCCUGGCUUUUGUUCCCGGCGUCUGACUUCUGACGGCAGGAGCUUUUGCAGAGUCCGCUGAGACGCACACGACCCGGGCCUUGCCCACGCAGGACCCGGAGCCGUCCGUGCCUCCCGCGCUUGGUCGUAGACAGGGGGCGGACCGCAGAGGCGGCCAUGCGGUGGCGCGCGCUGGCCCCGGGCCCGCCCGCGAGGGUGGCGCGCGAGAUCGGGGUGCGUGGGCGUCCGCGCCAGCCGGAAGAAUUGACCACGUGUCCUCACAGUUUUAAGAAAAAGGACUUUAAAAAGCCCAGAGUCUGUGGAGUGUGCAGACAGACCAUUGACGGUCAAGGGAUUGCUUGCCGAGUCUGCAAGUAUUCCUGCCACAAGAAAUGUGAAGCCCAGGUGGCGAUUCCCUGCUCUGUGCACGUCCCCCCGGGCCAGGCUCCUGAAAGUUCCACCCCACCUGCUGCUCUCCGCUGUGACAAGCCUUCAAGGCCCCUGGUCCUGAGUCCAGCCAUGGAGGACAGCCAUGAACUGGACCUUACAUAUGUCACGGAGAGGAUCAUCGCAGUGUCCUUCCCUGCCAGUUGCUCAGAGGAGUCCUAUUUGCACAGCCUGCAGGAAGUCACACGCAUGCUCAAGUCUAAGCAUGGGGACAACUACCUGGUAUUAAACCUUUCAGAAAGGAGAUACGACCUUACAAAGCUUAAUCCAAAGAUCAUGGAUGUGGGCUGGCCUGAGCUGCAUGCACCACCUCUUGACAGGAUGUGUACCAUAUGUAAAGCCCAGGAGUCCUGGCUGAACAGUGACCCCCAGCAUGUGGUCGUCAUCCACUGCAGGGGUGGUAAAGGACGCAUCGGACUGGUCAUAUCGUCCUACAUGCACUUCACCAAUGUCUCAGCCAGUGCUGACCAGGCCCUGGACAGGUUUGCAAUGAAGAAGUUUUACGACGACAAGGUCUCAGCUUUAAUGGAGCCCUCCCAGAAGAGGUAUGUGCAGUUUCUCAGCGGGCUGCUGUCUGGGGCGAUGAAGAUGAACGCUUCCCCCUUGUUCCUGCACUUCGUCAUCCUGCAUGGUGUCCCCAGCUUUGACACUGGAGGAGCAUGCCGGCCUUUUCUGAAGCUCUACCAAGCCAUGCAGCCUGUGUACACAUCUGGGAUCUACAACAUUGGCCCUGAAAAUCCCAGCAGGAUCCGCAUUGCCAUAGAGCCAGCUCAGCUGCUGAAGGGCGACAUCAUGGUCAAGUGCUAUCACAAGAAGUUCCGCUCGGCCACCCGUGACGUCAUUUUCCGCCUGCAGUUCCACACCGGAGCUGUGCAGGGCUACGGACUGCUGUUUGGGAAAGAGGAGCUGGACAGUGCCUGCAAAGAUGACCGUUUUCCUGACUACGGCAAGAUUGAAUUGGUCUUCUCGGCCACACCUGAGAAGAUUCAAGGAUCGGAGCAUCUGUACAGUGACCAGGGAGUGAUGGUGGACUAUAACACAGCGGACCCACUGAUUCGGUGGGACUCCUACGAGAACAUGAGUGCCGAUGGAGAAGUGCUACACACACAGGGCCCAGUGGAUGGAAGCCUGUAUGCCAAGGUGAGGAAAAAGAGUGCCUCGGAUUCUGGCAUCCCUGGCAGCCCUCAGGGCAUGCCAGCCACCAGCAGUCCAGACCACGGUGACCACACCCUGUCAGUCAGCAGCGACUCGGGUCACUCUACCGCCUCCGCCAGGACGGAUAAGACAGAGGAGCGCCCAACCCCAGGAGCACAGAGGGGCCUGAGCCCUCAGGAGAAGGCUGAGCUGGACCAGCUACUCAGUGGGUUUGGCCUGGAAGACUCUUCGAGCUCGCACAAAGACAUGACCGAUGUGCGCAGCAAGUAUAGUGGGACGCGCCACGUGGUGCCGGCCCAGGUCCAUGUGAAUGGAGACGCUGCCCUAAAGGACCGAGAGACUGACAUUCUAGAUGAUGAGAUGCCCCACCAUGAUCUGCACAGUGUGGACAGUCUGGGUACCCUCUCCUCCUCUGAAGGGCCACAGUCAGCACACCUGGGCCCCUUCGCCUGCCUCAAGAGCAGCCAGAACUCCCUCCUGUCCGAUGGCUUUGGCAACAGUGUUGGUGAAGAUCACCAUGGCGCCCUUUCUCCAGACCUAGGCCUCGGUGUGGACUCCCUUUAUGACCGGGAGCGGAUGUGUGGGGCCCGAGAGCCAAAACCGCUGCAGCCCCUGCUGAGGAAGCCCUCUGCACCCACCCCUCCACAGGCCUACGGGCAAAGCAACUAUUCUACCCAGACCUGGGUGCGUCAGCAGCAGAUGGUGGCUGCUCACCAGUACAGCUUUGCCCCGGAUGGGGAGGCCAGGCUGGGCAGCCACAGUACAAUGGACAGUGCCAGCCUUGCCCAGCCCCAACCCCACAUCCCAGUCACUCCCACUCGUGCAGCCAGCAGCAGAGUGGCCAUUCAAAGAGGCCCACUCAGCAAUGGGCCAAAUGCCCACGACACACAGCCACUCUGUCCUGGUAAAGCACUCCAGCCCAGAUUUGCAGAGGACAAAGCCGUGAAUGGAGUCCAUCAGGAUCUGAACACGGGUCAUUCCCCAGGCUCUCCCACUCUGGAUAUUGACCAGUCCAUUGAGCAACUUAACAGGCUGAUCCUGGAGCUGGACCCCACCUUCGAGCCCAUCCCUACACACAUGAAUGCCCUGGGCGUCUCAGCCAAUGGCUCUGUGUGUCCUGAUGGUGUGGGAAGUGGGCUCCGGUGUGGCGGCAGGCUGGACCCUGUGGAAGUCCCUGGCCGGAGCCCUGGCCGACAAGGUGAUGAGUCCAUCGGGGGACGGCUCCGGAAGCUGAGCCUCGGGCAGUAUGACAAUGAUGCCGGGAGCCAGGUGUCCUUCUCUAAGUGUGGCUGGGGAAAGGCCAGUGUGGACCCGGCCCCAAGUCUGGGACCCUUUUCCUCUCCUGCAGACAUCAAAGAGACGAUGAUCACUGCAUAUCCCCCUGACCUCGAUAUGAUCGAUGGCAGGAUUUCAAACAGCAAGGAGUCUAUGUGUCUGACGCCAGCAUUCCCUGUGUCGCCAGAAACUCCGUAUGUGAAAACAUCCCCACGCUACCCUCCGUUCAGCCCACCGGAGCCCCAGCUGAGCAGCCCAGCCAGUUUGCGCAAAGGAGGACGUGAACCACGAGGCUGCCCAGAGAUUAUCAGCCACACUGUGGGGAUGUCAGAGAGCCCCAUUGGACCCAAACCCACCAUGCUUCGGGCUGAUAUGCCUGCAACACCCAACUUUCAGCAGAUGUUUGCAUCCUCCUGCACAGUUUCAAGCAACGGACCUGGCCAGAGGAGAGAGAGCCCGCCUUCUGCAGAACGCCAGUGGGUGGAGAGCAGCCCCAAGUCCACCCUAACCCUACUGGGGAGCGCCCACCCUUCUGAAGGUUCUCUCGGCACCCGCGAGUUCUGCAGCUCUGGCAAGGACUCGCCAGGGCUGCCCUGCUUCCAGUCCUCGGAGCUCCAGGCCUCCUUCCACAGCCACGAGCUGUCCAUGUCAGAGCCUCAGGACGCUCUGCCCCCUGCGGGCAGUCAAGCCUUCUUAGGCUUCAACACUGCUCAGGGAGCAAGUGGCCUUCCCCCUGGCGAGGACCCGAGUGCCCUGCUGGUCAAUUCCCACGGCACAUCACCGGCUCCUGGAGCCCCUCUGACAACAGCAGGGGCUGCUGACAGUGGCUUCCUGUCCCACAACUUUCUCACGGUGUCACCUGGACUCAGCAGCCACCACAGUCCAGGCCUGCAGAACCAGGGGGUAAGCCUGCCCGGGCAGCCACCCCUCCCUGAGAAGAAGAGAGCCUCAGAGGGUGAUCGUUCUUUGGGCUCAGUCUCCCCUUCCUCCAGUGGCUUCUCCAGCCCCCAUAGCGGGAGCACCAUGAGCAUCCCCUUCCCGAACGUCCUUCCAGACUUCUGCAAGCCUUCAGAAGUGGCCUCACCUUUGCCAGAUAGCCCGAAUGAUAAGCUCGUGAUCGUGAAAUUUGUUCAAGACACUUCCAAGUUCUGGUACAAGGCAGAUAUCUCCAGAGAACAAGCCAUUGCCAUGUUGAAGGACAAAGCUCCCGGGUCAUUCAUCGUGAGGGACAGUCACUCCUUCCGAGGGGCCUACGGCCUGGCCAUGAAGGUGGCCACACCCCCUCCGUCUGUCUUGCACCUGAACAAGAAAGCUGGAGAUUUGUCUAAUGAACUUGUCCGGCAUUUCUUGAUUGAGUGUACCCCAAAGGGAGUGCGGUUGAAAGGGUGCUCGAAUGAGCCAUAUUUUGGGAGCCUGACCGCUCUGGUGUGCCAGCAUUCCAUUACGCCCUUGGCUUUACCCUGCAAGCUGCUCAUUCCAGAGAGAGAUCCACUGGAGGAGAUAGCAGAAAACUCUCCCCAGACAGCGGCCAACUCGGCAGCCGAGCUGCUGAAGCAGGGGGCAGCCUGCAACGUGUGGUACUUGAACUCUGUGGAAAUGGAGUCCCUCACGGGUCACCAGGCAGUCCAGAAAGCCCUGAGUAUGACCCUGGUUCAAGAGCCGCCUCCAGUGUCCACAGUGGUACACUUCAAGGUGUCAGCCCAGGGCAUCACCCUGACUGACAACCAGAGAAAGCUCUUCUUCCGGAGGCAUUACCCUGUGAGCAGUGUGAUUUUCUGUGCCUUGGACCCACAAGACAGGAAGUGGAUCAAAGAUGGCCCUUCCUCCAAAGUCUUUGGAUUCGUGGCCAGGAAGCAGGGCAGUGCUACAGACAACGUAUGCCACCUGUUUGCAGAGCACGACCCCGAGCAGCCUGCCAGCGCCAUUGUCAACUUUGUGUCAAAGGUCAUGAUUGGCUCCCCUAAGAAGAUCUAAGCCCCUCCUAGCCAAACCCACCAGGUGCCUCCUAGGGCCCUCGAAAUGGCAGUGGGGUGAGGCUGGGGCCCCCAUUUGUACCAGACUGACAAUCCUCACAUUCCAGACCCGAGAGAGGAGAAUAUGGCAGCUCUUCAAACCAGGAACAAACAAUGUCACCACAGAUUGGCCUUUCCUGAGAGUAACUUCUCAUCCAACAUACUUAUAUAGUCAAGCCCAUUUUGAGUAGAAGGAUCUUGGGCGAGGGAAUGCCUCCCCAGGGUCCCAUGGACAAGGGCUGUACAAGAAGAGAGUAUAGAAGACAAGCCGAGUCCCUGGCUCACUAGCAUCUGCGUGGAUGAGGGGCACCCAGUCUGCUUGGCAGGGGCUGAGUAACCAUGGUGCCCCACCUGUCAGCAGACGCGCUCUGUCUAGCGACUCCCUCAUCUUGUCUUUCUACAACAGACGGUGAUGCAACUGAGGAGGGCAUGCAUGGUUAGUGAAGGUUCGUGCAGGUUGGAACAUGGUGGGAAUCUACGUUAGGGGACCGUGGAAGGGAUGUGCAGUGAGGGCAGUGGAAGCCUCUGGUGUCGGGAGGAACACACAAUGUCAGAGACCCCACUGCCGGUGGUAAGGACUCCAUGAGGCUGCUCUCAGGUGGCCAGCUGGGCUAUGGAGAGCCUAGAGGACCUUGAGAGGAAAGUGAGAAGACGGAAUCAAAAAAACGCCAUUUUAUAUAAUUUAUAUUUUACUUAUGCCAAAUUAUUUAUAACUGCUUGCCAUUGCCAUACUGUACCCAUAUCAAAUGCUGCAGCCGACUAAGCCGUGAUUGCUGGAAGGCUUGUCCACUUGUAGACACACCGGAGACGACUGUCCCCUCGAGGAAAAGGUGAACAGUGGUUUCAGGGUGACACUACGGAGUCCUUCAUCUGCAGUACUGCCAAACAGUUUUGCCUCCAGCAGCCCACCUUCUACUUGGCACAGCAGUGUGUCUUGCCCAGAUGUGGAUGAUUUCUCUCCUGGUGGGUAAUGUCCAGGAGAAAUGAGAGACUAAGACACUGGGAUCAGUCUCAGCCUCCUCUGCAAGACUGACUGGGCCAUCUCCAGGCCUACGUGACCUAAAGUGCAUCUGGCAUUUCUAGGCUGUUACCAUGAUUCUCCUUGUAGCACCUGCAGCCUUCCGUGGGGACCUAGGCGGAUGUCAGGAGGGAGAGAAAGGGGAUGAAGAGAAAGAUGGAGAAUUCUAGUUCUCACAGGCUAGGGUUGGUUUGCUGAGUCGCCUUAGCCGCUGAGUCAGAUGUGAUGGUUCAUGCUAAGAUCGGCACCCUGGUGUUGCAGGUUUCCUGCCUGCUUCUGUUGGUGGUCAGAGAUUCUGAAGAAGCCAGUGAGCCCAGCACUUCCCAGAGUGGAGGGUGCAGCAGGGCUAUGAGGAGACAAAGCUAGGGUCUCCUCUCAGAACUUUAUACCCCAAGAAGGCUCUGAUCACCCCCAUCCCAGCCUGAAAUCCCCACUCUCUGAUUCCUAAAACCCAAUGCCAGCUUAGACAUCUCUUAGCUGGGAUAGGCUAUCGUUGUCAGGCUGGGGUUUGGAAAUCUACGUGAUGGGUUCUCUGUUUCAAAAGGGGCAGAGAAAUGUAACUGCAUGUAGAAUUGAAAUCAACUCUGUUGGUGUGUGUGUGUGUGUGUGUGUGUGUGUGUGUGUGUGUGUGUGUGUGUGUGUGUAAAGGUGGGCCAUUCCACUUGUAGCUCCUGUGUGUCUGUCUGUGUGUGUAUACAGGUGGACCAUUCCACUUUUUAGCUCCUAUUGAUGCACCAAAAGCAAGUGCCUCAUUUCUGUGCCAAAUGUUUGCCUUGGUCUUUAAGGACCUCCUUCGUGGACACACUCUGAUGUGCCUGUUAGAGGGAAUGUGCCAGCACUCCCCAGAGGCCCCAUGUCUUCCACAGAGGCUUCUAGUGUUUUAGUUAUCCAUAUGCAGCUAAAAUCCAGAUCGGGUGGGGGUGGGGGCGGGGCUGAAGUUUGUGCUCUGGCCAAGAAGUGCCGCAUCCUAUGAUGGUUUAUAUGCAAAUGUGACCCAAAGACUAUAAGCCAGGUCCCUUCUGCUGGAGGGGGAGAGGGCCUAACUAGAAAUCAGCAGGGCAGAGCUGAAGCAAGCCUUCUAAUUAAUUGGAGACUUUAGGGCCUCCCACAUGGUCAGCAUGGAAUGCAUCCAAGAAGGCACCUGAAUGUGCUCUAGAAACUGACUGACCAGGUAUGACCCUUGCUCAAGGUAAAAGUGGUCAAGGGUAUUAAGGAAUUUGCUCUGAGGAACCACAGGAAGACAGCUCUACAUCUUCUAGGAGCUGGUAGAACUAGGUUCUGUCUUCUGUGUGUAAUGUGUCUAUUGAACAGAACAAGAUGAGGCACAGCAUCCAAGACUGUACUGCGUGCCCAGAAACACUGGCAAGGGGCAUUGUCCAGGCUUUUCUCACAAGGGCAUCAGUUGGGCACAAGUUAGCUCACUAUUCUGGGAGUAAAUUCAGUAAUGUCCCCCCACUUCCGAUAGAUAGCCAGGGUCCCAUUAACCUUCUCAUUAAUGGUCUUAUAGUCUCCAGUGUUGGGCUGUACCCAUGUUAGAAGCCACACUGCAUUUAUCCUCAGUGUCAAAGACAUCAUAAUGUUGCCUUAUUUGUCUUAUCUUUUAGCGCAGUUUUCACUAUUCUAUAAUGUAAAGAAUAUAUAUCCAGUAUGUAAAUGAGUGUUCUAUAAACCUUUUGUAUAGGCGUUUUCUCUGCUCUUUAAAUAUCAGCCUUAUUCAGAGUAUAAUAAAAAUUAUGACCUUGGUAAGUCUAA